CACUCUAGAAACUGAUAUAAAUUAUAUUUCUUUUAAUUUUGUUUAAACGAAUGUGAAGAUAACUUGUAUCGAGCAUUUUGUUAACUCCAAGAAAUCGAAAAUUAACCACUGACGUUAUUCCUAACCUCCAUAAUGCCGAGAGUGCACAAGACUAGCACAGCAAUAGUUGCUGGCUUGGGCAUCGCCCUCGUUGGCUAUGCUGGUCGAUAUGUAAUCAGAUCGAUGCCCAUCCUCUCACAAAAAGUAGCAGAAGCGGUAAAAAGCAUGCCAAGGCUAGAUUCUCAGUCCCUAGCAAAUAGCAGAUAUUACAAAGGUGGCUUUGAGCCUAAAAUGACUCGUCGUGAAGCAAGUCUUAUAUUGGGGGUUUCACCAACAGCAAAUAAGGUUAAAGUAAAGGAACACUUUAAAAAAGUGAUGUCUGCAAAUCAUCCUGAUCGUGGUGGUUCACCAUAUAUUGCAGCGAAAAUUAAUGAGGCAAAAGAUUUACUAGAAAAGUGAAAUAUAGAAUUAAUGUUUAAUUAACAUAGCAAUGGUUAAUUAUGAAAUAAAUUUCGAUGUACAUACUUGCCUAUUUUAUGCCGUUAAGGUCGAUAUUCACAGUCAGUGUUUGAGAUAAAGCACUGUUCUAAGAUUGUAAACACCUCAGCUUAAUACAUGGCAAAAUAUGACUUAAGAUCGUCUUUAAAUUAUGCUUAGAACAAAGUAUUGACUAUAAAUACUGGUCUUAGACAGUGUAUAAAUAAGUUAUCAAUCGAUACCGUCUUCUUUGUUCUCAUGUAAGUAGUUUUACGAGUAAUGUAUAUACGUAUUAAAGUGAAUCAGUGCCUAAAAA